AUGAGCCGACUUCCCCCAAGCAUGUGGUGUGAUCGUCCGAUUGGUUAUAACUCAUCUUAUCCAUUAAGCUGUUGGUGCUUCUGUCUGAUUGGUCAGCUCUUGAUCCAAUCCGUUUCUCAUCUCUACACUUGCUUCUCAUCCACUCCUGAAGCUUAUACUUCUCUCUCAGUAGCUGGGUGUCUCUCCCUGAUAGCAUUAGGUAUUCUUGGAGCUUAUCCACGCCCUCUCUCCUCUUUAGCAGCUGGUGUCGUUGCCCAAUUGAUCAUCCUUAUCUUCCCAAGUAGCUGGUGUCACCACUUGGUUGGCUUAGAACAAGAUUGCUCCAAAUGUACGUUUCCUCGUCCAGAGGGUUUCGUACGUUUCCCUGUCUGGAGGGUUUCGUCCCCGUCGUGCUUGAGAAUUAAAAUCUCCUAUUUUAAUCCUUCUCUCAUUUCCAUGUUUCUGAGCUUCCACAUAGUUGCUUGGAAAUGUGCGGAAUACCUCCAUCCCGAACAUUUACGUUUCUUGCAGUCGUUGCGGGAUAGAUCUUGGGCGUCCGUCCCAUCUCUCAAUCUGCUCGUCCGAUUUGCAUUCUGCUUCGACCAAACUUCUUAG